AUGCGAGGCCAGCGUGUGGUGGAGAGUGAGUAUAGGUGCUGGAACCUGGCCGUCUGGCUCCUGGUAUCCCUGCUGGGAUCCCUAGUCUUGGUUGCCGUCAGUAUAUUGUCUGCCUUUCUCUCCAAAGUACAACUACUGAAUGGACGUAACAGGUGUGAGGGCAGAGUGGAGGUACGCUACAAUGACUCCUGGGGCACAGUGUGUGACGACGACUGGGACAUGGUGGAUGCCAAUGUGGUGUGUCGGCAGCUGGGCUGCGGAGUGGCUGUGGCGGUGGGCAGCAGCUCUCAGUUUGGACAAGGCACAGGGCUCAUACUGCUGGAUAAUGUGGACUGCAGGGGAAGUGAAACAGACCUCAGCCAGUGCAGAAGUCUGGGCUGGGGCGUCCACAACUGUUACCACUAUGAGGACGUGGGCGUUACCUGCAGAGGUAAGGCCUUUAUACAACUUUAUGAUCUCACCACGCCACCCCUGGAGAACUCUGGUUUACGAGAUGGCACCAUCCGUCUGGUGAAUGGACAGAACGUCUGCCAGGGCCGGGUAGAAAUCUACUACCAGGGAAACUGGGGGACAGUGUGUGAUGAUGACUGGGUGCUCAACAAUGCCCGGGUGGUGUGCCAACAGUUAGGCUGCGGUAGUCCUGUCUAUGCACACACCAACUCCUACUUUGGCUAUGGUACCGGCCUGAUUCUCCUGGACAAUGUCAACUGCUAUGGCACUGAGCAGGACUUGGCUAAAUGCAAAAGCCUGGGCUGGGGCAAACACAACUGUGGCCACCAUGAAGAUGCUGGAGUCACCUGCACUGGAUCCACUACUGAACCUCCCCUGGCAACACAAAACCAGAGAGGACUCUGGGGAACAUAUAACACUGAAGCAACAGAAAAUAUUCCAGUCACCAAGUCACCAAGUACAACAACUGUUACCACAACUGCCCAGACAAAAGGCAAACCAGCCAUUCGUGUGAUGAAUGGUAAUAGUAGCUGCCAGGGCCGUGUUGAGGUCCUCUACAAAAAUGUUUGGGGAACAGUGUGUGACGAUGACUGGGAUAUGCCCAAUGCCAACGUGGUGUGUAGGCAGCUUGGAUGUGGCCCAGCUAUUGCAGCCAAGACCCAGGCCUACUUCGGCUACGGCUCUGGUCCAAUCCUGCUGGACAACGUGGAAUGUGGCGGCUUUGAACCGGAGCUGUCCCAGUGCUUUCACCUGGGCUGGGGUCAGCACAACUGUGGCCAUCACGAGGAUGCUGGAGUUAUCUGUGCACCUUUUGAAUACUACAACGCAAUUGGACGUGACUUUAGAGUAACAGAACGGAUACCUGCCACCACCACUGCACAUCCCUCUGAAGGAAUGGUGAGACUGGUGGGUGGCCAGCACCAGUGUGAGGGUCGGGUGGAGAUGUACUUAAAUUCUGGAUGGGGCACAGUGUGUGAUGAUGCUUGGGACCUCCCUGAUGCUCAGGUUGUGUGUCGCCAGCUGGGUUGCGGAGAGGCCACAGCGGCACGGGUAGAGGCUUUCUUUGGGCCUGGAACAGGAACAAUCCUGCUGGACAAUCUGAAGUGCAGCGGUGCAGAGGCCUCCCUGCAGGAGUGCUCCCAUAUAUCCUGGAAUGUGCACAACUGUGAUCACUCUGAAGAUGCUGGCGUCACCUGCUCGCUGUCGUGA